AUGUCGGACGAUGAGCAGCACAACCAGACCUUCGAGCAGACCGGCUCCGGCGCGUCCUUGACCUUCCCCAUGCAAUGCUCUGCUCUUCGCAAGAACGGACAUGUUGUUAUCAAGGGCCGCCCCUGCAAGAUCGUUGACAUGUCCACCUCCAAGACUGGAAAGCACGGACAUGCCAAGGUCCAUCUCGUCGCCAUCGAUAUCUUCACUGGCAAGAAGUUGGAAGAUAUCUCCCCUUCCACCCACAACAUGGAUGUCCCCAACGUCCGUCGUGAUGAAUACCAACUCGUCAACAUCGACGAGGGUUUCCUUAACCUCAUGACCAACGACGGUGUCACCAAGGACGAUGUCAAGGUUCCCGAGGGCGAUAUCGGCAAGGAGAUCCAGGGCGCUUUCGACGAGGGCAAGGACCUUUUGGUCACCAUCGUCAGCGCUAUGGGUGAGGAGCAGGCCAUCUCCUACAAGGAGGCUCCCGCUACCAAAUAA